UACAAUUUUUUUAUGUUUGAUCGGAAUAGCUUGGGUUUGAAUCUAUACAUUUGUUUUCAUUGUAUUUUAUGCACCUAUUUGCCAUUUUAAUUCUUUUUUAAAUGUAAAUUUGUCUGAAACAUUAAAGCAUGGAAAGAAAAUUGACGAAAAAAGCAUUUGUCAUUGGUGAAAAACCGGAAAAUUUUGAUAUGAAUGUCCCACCAGUGACAGGAUACGAUUAUUUAUACCGUGUACGAAUUGAAAGUAGAAAUUGCCCUAAAGUAGUCGUUUCUGAUAUAGAUAAAACGAAAUUCCUGAAUCGCCAAACUGUAACAAUCGACGAAGGUAACGGUUUCAUUUCGGCACGUCCAGGAUUCGCACCCAAUCCUGAAUGGAAAGAACUGCAACUUGAGACGUUUAACUCUUAUAAACAAAAAAUGUCAGAAGACCGUGCUUGUCUGAAACAGAAAUUUCCAAGAAAAGCCUUUCCAAAGAUAAAAUUCAACCAAAAAUGGUGUCUGUAUUGUUUAGGAACAGAGAAACAUGAUUUAAUAUAUGGAAGAGCGGAGGAGCCAGAGGAAUCUGAUGGUACUAGCUGUAUCGCUAUAUCUAAGGAAAUUCGCGUCAGUGACUUUCCUUAUCCACCAUUGCUUAGCAUCAUAUUGUAUCUGAAUCAAGGCCAAAUUGUAAAGCUUUUAUCAUAUCAUAUUGAGUGGUUAGAAAAAAUAGGAUUCUCCCAUCUGCAGGGAGAGUGGUUAUAUGCUCUUUUAGUUGCUCUGGAAAAGCCAUUGGAUCCAGAUACUUGUGCUUUAUUACGCAGCUUAUCCAGGCAUUGCAGCAAGUUACGGAAUGAGUUGCCUACACCAGAUCAUGAAUUUGUGCAAGCAUUAAAUUUGCUCUUGUUAAUUGUAGCUCACUGUUUUGAUCAGAAGGACAUGAGUGAUGAUUUUAUCUCUGCAAAUCGAAUGUGAUUGUUACCAUUAUUUUACAAUAAAGCAUUAAUGUAUGUUUCAUGAUUUCAUACAAGGAAUUUCACUGUUGUAAAAAUCAUUAAAGUUCCAUCAAUAUCUGUCAUAA